AUGGUUGCCUUGAGGCUCGUCGCCCGUCACUAUACUGGCAACAAACUGUGGCUCGACGACCUGUUCCAGAUCCUGGGAGCUGGACUGGGGAAGCACAUCUACGACAUCGACUUCAAGCACUCCUACAUAGACGUCUUUAAGUAUUACUAUCUCACGGAAGUCGUCUACCACGUCCACAGCACCCUCAUCAAGCUUUGCAUGCUGUUCCUCUACAUACGGAUCUUCCCGGAUAGGCUCACAAAGAGCCUGGCUUAUGGUGGCAUCGCCUUCCUCGUGAUAUCACAAGUGGUCGUGACCUUCUUGACGAUUUUCCAAUGCCGACCGGUCCAAGCGGUCUACGAUCUGGAAAUCAAGGAGAAACAGUGUUUGAGCAUCACCAAUAUCGCUAUCUCAGGGACGGCUUUCAACAUCGCCGCCGAGCUGAUGAUCUUCGCAAUCCCGAUCCCCGUGGUCAGCUCCCUCCAGAUGGGCAGAUCGAAGAAGGUCGGGAUUCUCCUGCUGUUCAGCAUCGGACUCAUCGUCAUCAGCGUGGCCUCCGUCCGGGCCCCGACGCUUACCAAGCUCAGCGACCACCGCGACAUAACCCGCACCCUCGCCCCGACCUUCAUCUGGUCCUGCGCCGAGCUGACCGCCAGCAACGUCGUUAUCACGCUGCCCGCCGUGAGCAAGUUCCUGCACGCCGGCUUCAGCAAGCUCUCGGACCGUUUCCUGGCCUGGAAGAAGAGGGCGGACAAGACGGUGAUCGGCACGCGCAUCCUCGCGCCGAUCCAGCGCAAGCUACAGGGCAAGAACAACAACAGGACACUGCCGCACCGCCUCGACACCAUGGCCAGCUUCGACUCGCUGGGCCCCAUCACGGUUACUACGGCUGUCAAUUCUGUGAACACUGGCGCUGAUGAGAAGUGGAGGUAA